GUAAUUAAAAUUUUAAUUAAUUAAGUGCAUUUGUUUCUCGAUGUAAAAAUUUUUUUGAAGAAACGUACAUACUCAGCGAUGGCGAAUCUGAUAUUAUUUGUUCUUAUAUUGCUAUAUAUUUCAAACUUUGGUCAUAAUUACUAUCACUAUGAUUGGUAUCAAAGUUAUCGGAUGAAAAUGAAAAUAUUAACUAGUGACAGAGACCUUGUGAGUGAUGCUAUACGAAACGUAAUGCGUAUUGAUCACUUGAAAGAAUACUAUACAUAUUCGUUCGCAUAUGAUGUCGGCCAAAUGAUAUAUAUGAUUAGAAGCAAAUACGCUAGAAUGAUUCGUGUGUUUACGAUAGCGAUUGAUUAUAAUAAAAAUUACCAUUAUCCUUACAAACACGUGCCACAUUUAGCGGAAAUUCAAAAGUUGGCCAUGGAAAUUUAUAAUUUAGUUGAAAUGAUGGAGGAGUAUGAAUCACUUGGGGAGAAACGAAUGAAUAAAAUGUUCAAAUUCAAUUUUCCACAAAAUUUUACUCUUUCAAAUAAGACUAUAGAGGCAAUAAAAGCUAAUUAUUCAAAUAAACUACAUCCAAGGGCAAUAACACGGAAAAACAAACAGUAUAAAAGAUAUCGCAGUGAUAUGUAUCAAACUGGUCAUUUUGAUGGUGGCGGCUUUGACUCGGAUGUAGAACAAUAAAAACGAUUUUACAAAAUUUUAAAUAUCAAGUAUUUUAUAUAUAUGGAAAAUAAGUGGAAACCUAAAAACAAACUUCUUAAAUUUCAGGUCAUGUUUCGGAAACGAUGUUUUGCAUAGUUUAUUUUAAAAAUAAAUUUAAAGUCAAAUAGGAAGGUCGAAUCCUUUAUAUUAACUGUAUUAAAUAAUAUUAUUUAAUAUUUCACUGUUAAAAUAUAAAUUAUCUUUUUGUAAUGUUUUCGUUGGGAUUCAAUUUUUUAUUUUAUUUCAAAAAGCUAUCUACUUAUUAUUAAUGUGCGCUUAGAUAACACUAACUUAAAUCUUUUAACACAAUUAUAGCCUAGCACACAUUUAAUUUUUAAUUGUUUAUUUAAACUCAGCGAAUGAAACGAACUUAGUCGUAGCUCUCCAAACCUGGAGGAAACAAAAGCACUCAAACGGCUUUAUACCAUUUCGCCUGCCUACAGACACUCACUAAAAACGGAACGCGGGGAUACAUUGGUUUACUUUUGGUUAAGAAUUUGUUAUUGUAAGCCAUAUGGGUGCAGGGCGGUGUAGGAUUUUUUCUGUUACGACGAAUUUACAGCAAACGUUAAACAAUAGGACACAUGCUGAUGUCGUGUCCAUCUGUGACGUAUAUAACCUUCGAGGCUAUUGUCAGGUCACGUCGCUGUUGAUUCUAGUGGUAUUGAUUAUAAUAUGACUCGACAAGCUUAAAAUACUUUAUUUAAGUUUGUAAGAAAUGUUAAUAUCAUAUAAGAGAAUUAUAUAUAAAUAUAUAUACCCUUAAAUUAUGUACCUACUCGAAAUGAAUUAUAUUUUAGAACACACUAAAAUGGCGAUUAAAAAGAGAAGUACCAAUAUCAAAAUUUUGUCUUUUAACUUCGUUAAAAAAAGCCAGUUUAUUUUAUUUUAAUAAUAAUAGUGCCUUGGAUGUAAUAAGAUAAACUAGAAUAAGCGACUCUGUUACAGUACAUAUAUUAAAUAUUACAUUAUACAUUACA